AUAAAAUGAAAAAUUAACUGAAAGCUAAAAUAAAAUUAUGUUACAGCAGGCUGCCUUUAUCAGAUUUCAUCAUUCAUUGUACAUCUGAACUUUUCUUUCAUACUUAAUAACUAAACUAGUAUAAGACUAGAUCCCAAAAGAAAAGUGUUUGAUGGCUUUAACAAAAAAGUGUUCGAAGUAAGAAAAGAAAAGUGUUGAUUAUUAAUAUUGGCUCUUGUAGGGUUAGAUUAAUAUGGUAGAUGAAGAGGGAGUGUUUAUUGGACUUGCAGAUUCGUUAAGGAGUAUUAUAUGAACUAAGAAAUGUGGAUUGGUAAAAAGCACAAUAUAAAUUAUAGUCGACUUCGUUGUCAAAAAAAAAAAAAUUAUAGUCGACGUCCUUGAGAUCUGAAAGUCCGAUUUUGAAUUUAAUGCUCUCGUUAAGAAAUACUCCAUAAUAAGUUUUUAAAUGUCUCAUGUUCCACGCUAGUAUUAUCUUAUGCUAGUACAGAUUCCUCCGCCAAUGAGUGUAAUAUAAUUAUAAAACACUGAUUGGCAGCAAUAGUAUAUCUGAAAGAUACGAGUUGGUAGUUAUGACCAACGCAUUAUUGAUCUGAAUCAGCAAAGAAGGUUCGCAAUAAGUGGACAAGCUUCUUUUUUUUUUUUUUUUUUUUUUGUAAAAAGAUAAACGUAGACAAGAUUAGAGGCAAAAAGGUUCGCAAUAAGUCAGUUUUCUUUUUGGUAAGCAAGUAAGUGGAAACUAUAUAAAAAGAAAGCCACGUGAAUUUCUAUUAUUAAACAAAAAAACCACGUUGAGUUCUGAGUGUUUUAAUUGAAGUCCUCUUAUGUGUUUCCUCUCAAGCUUCAGAGACACUGUCAUUUGACAUCUUGUGAUAACAUUCUACGCCAUGGGAACCAAGUUCUUAGCUCUGUGUUUGUCUCUGUGUCUCAUCAUCUCAAGCUUUUAUAAAGUUUCUUGCCAGGAUGAAGGAACUACAGGUUUGAAUUUAGAUCUGAUUGAGCGUGAAUAUCAAGCUUCUCUCCAAGGCAACGAAGGAGUUGACCAGAUCAGUGGUCAGAAAAACAGUACAGUGACUGAUAACAACACAAUCUCUCUGUCUCUAUCAGAAGAAUCUGUGGAAACUACUAAAGAUUCUGCUGAUACCUCGUCUCAGUUAGGACCUGUUACUGAUGAAGUCGUUACACCUUCGAGUAUGUUGGACCAUAUCGAACUUGAGUUCCAAGCACAAAUUAAUGAACUUAAACAAGCUGGAUCUGAUGGUAUCAACAAAAUUGAUGAAUCUAAGGAUGAUCAAGAACUAGCUGCUCAUAGGAAGAAAAUGUUGGAAGAGAUUGAACGCGAAUUUGAAGCUGCUGCAGCUGGAUUUGAACAAUUCAAGAUUGAUGAUUCCACUCAAGGAGAAGAUGACGAACAAUCUGCAAUGAGAAAAAGCAUGCUGGAAGAGAUUGAACGCGAUUUUGAAGCUGCUACAAAAGGUCUUGAACAACUAAAGGCUGAUGAUCUAACCGGAGUCAACUACGCAGAACACGCUGCAAAGAGACAGAAGAUGUUGGAAGAGAUUGAAAGAGAGUUUGAAGACCUGUUUUUAAAUCUGCUUGUAGAAGCUACAAAAGGUCUUGAAGAACUAAGACAUUCAACCUCAAGCACAGAUGAUGAAUCUCACUCUGCAAGGAGACAAAGUAUGCUAGAUGAGAUCGAACGUGAGUUUGAAGCUGCUACAAGUGGUCUUAAACAGCUUAAGAUUAAUGCUUACACUGUCGAAGAUAAUGACAAAGAACAAGCUGCCAGGAGACAAAGUAUGCUAGAUGCAAUUGAGCGUGAGUUCGAAGCCGUUACAGAAAGUUUUAAGCAGAUUGAUGAUCUUGCUGAUAGCAAAGAUGAGGAAGACCAAUCUGCAAAGAGACAAAGUAUGUUGGAUGAGAUUGAACGUGAAUUUGAAGCUGCUACAAGUAGUCUUAAGCAACUAAACCUUGAUGAUUUCACUGAAGGAGAUGACAGUGAACAAAAUGCAAGGAGAAAUAGCAUGCUUGAAGCUAUCGAACGCGAGUUUGAAGAUGCUACAAAAGGUCUUGAAGAGCUAAAGGCUAGUGAUUCAACCCACGACAAUGAUGAUGAUGAACACACUGCAAGGAGAAAGAGUAUGCUUGAUGCUAUUGAACGCGAGUUUGAAGCUGCCACAAGAGGCCUUGCAGAGAUCAAGAAUCAUGAAGAACAAGCUGAAACUCAGAGAAACAGUAUGUUGGAAGAAAUCGAACGCGAAUUUGAAGCAGCUGCAGCAAGUGCAAAGGCUGCUGAAAAAGACUCAGCUGCAAAGAAGCCACCAACCAUAAGUACAGUGCAGAAAACUUAUGGCGGAUUCAAUGGUGGGUUUGACAGUCUUCUAAAGCCAUCAGAUGGUGUCUGUGGUUGUUUCAACAAAGACAAAGAUGGUCUUAAGGCAGACACAGAUUCUUCCAUUAACCUAGCAGAGAUACUCGCUGAAAAAUCAAAAUCCCAGGACUCAGAGACCUCUAGCCUCACCACAUCACUGACCAAUCUUGUUCACACCCAUAGAAAAGAAACAACCUCGAAGGUAAGCACAGUCCUUGGCUCAUCAGUUACUUCCACCACAAGCGAAUCAUCCGCUACAUCAGAAACCCUAGAGAGCUUAAAGCAAACCCUAAAGAAGCUACGCGGUCUAACCGCACGUGACCUAGUACACCACCCGAACUUCGACGAGAUUAUAGAAGCCGGUACGCGUUACGAGGUACUCAGCUCAGCUUCCAUUGGUUACAUCUCUUUACUAGCCAAAUACAAAACCGUCAUUAAAGAAGGACUCGAGGCUUCUCAGAGAGUCCACCUCGCUCGAACCCGCGCCAAAAUUCUCAAAGAAACCGCCGUGGAGAAGCAGAGAGCCGUGGACGCGGAGUUCGCGCUCGCUAAGAGUCUUGCUCAGGGAGGAGACGCGCUGUCCAUCAAAAUCUUCGCCAUCAAGAAACUGUUGGUUAAGCUUGAAGCGGAGAAAGUGAGUGUUGAUCUGAAGUUUAAGUCUACGGAGAGUAAUCUGGGGCGGCUUCUUAAGGAGGCUUCUCAGGCUUAUGAAGAGUAUCAUGCGGCUGUGCGUAAGGCAAAGGACGAGCAAGCUGCUGAGGAGUUCGCUCUUGAGACGACUAAGAGAGCAGAACAUAUUUGGGUUGAGUUUCUUAGUUCACUUAACUGAACUAGUGAGAUUCUUGCUUGUGCUUAAAGCAUAGUUGUGGUUCUUGUCUUGUUUUAAUUGGUGUUGUUUUGUUACAGACUUUGUUUGUUGGUUAUAUCAGGAGAAAGAGGUUGAACACAAAUCAUGUAUUAGUCUUCUAAUAAAAUAGUUCUACUUCAUUCUUA